AUGAGUCAGGACCAGAAACCAGUUCCUAAGAGGGCAUUAUCACUGGAUGAUCUUGUAAACCACGAUGAUGAUGCUCAUAAAGUGAGAAAAACGGCAGACGAUUCAAUUGUUGAGAAUAAUAGUGAUGAGACAGAUACUGAUGAUGGUGAAGGGAAAGGUGGUGGCGUUGAUUUUAAUACGGAGAUGAAUUUUGACUACGACAAACAGGAACAGUCAGGAAGGGAUUCCAACGCUUCUUCAUCUGUGAAUACGAUUUUCGAUGAGAAGGCAUCCUUACAGUCCAAAAAGAACAAUAUUAAACAGGAUUUAAGAGUUUUAAACGAAAUUGCAGCUACUUCCAAACCCAACAAAUAUAAGAACACACCAAUCUGGGCACAAAAAUGGAAACCAACAGUGAAGGCUUUACAAAGUAUAGAUACGAAAGAUUUCAAAAUUGACACUUCAUUUUUAAGUAUAAUACCAGAUGAUGAUUUGACUAAGUCGGUACAAGAUUGGGUUUAUGCAACGAUUUUUUCCAUCCCACCGGACUUGAGACCAAUGGUCGAAAUGGAAUUAAAAUACGGGGUUAUAAUAGAUGCGAAAUCACCAGAUAGAAUUAGCCCGCCCGUAUCUACCCAAGCAAUCUAUACAGACGAUGGUAGAAUGACCCCAAAUGUUGAUCAAGCGGUGUUUGAAGAACUGAAGAAAUAUAUUCAUGGUGUAAGCGAAUUAAAUGAAAAUAGCGGUAAAUUUAGCGUUAUUGAAUCACAAACGACAGAUUCGCUUUACAGAGUCGGUGUUGCUACACAACGACCCCGGUUUUUGAGAAUGAGUACGGAUUUGAAAACGGGUAGAGUCGCACAAUUUAUCGAAAAACGUAAAGUUAGUAGUUUACUCAUUUUUUCACCCAAGGAUUCAUAUGAUAUGAAAUUAUCAAUUAAUUUGGAAAUUCCAGUACCUGAAAAUGAACCACCUGAGAAGUAUAAGGACCAAACUCCAAUGAGUGCACGUACAAAGACAAGAGUCUCUUACAUCCAUAACGACUCCUGUACUAGAAUUGACGUUACCGAUGUGGAAAGAUUAACAAAAGGUCCAAAGGGUAGAGACACUAGUAAUAACACUUUUGAAGUAGAAUUAGAAAUUAACACCGCGGCAUUGCUGAAUUCGUUCGAUAACAUUGCAACGGACAGCAACAUGUACGCUUCACUAAUAAGGACUUUCCUCAAUAAUGGUACUUUGAUUAGAAGGAAAAUGUCGUCAAUCUCAUAUGGUAUCUUUGAAGGACAGAAGAAAGGUAUGUAG